AUGGAGGACCGCAUUCAAUUUGAGAUAAAUGAGUCACUCAAGUACUACUUGAGUGAUCCCACUUCUAUUUCUACCCCUGAUGCGGACCCGGAAUUGCUGGAUUGCGAAUCGGAUCCUGAACAGCUGUCGCCAGCUUUGAUUGACAAUGUGUUGAACCCGAUCGUGGAUGCCGUGGCGGAGAACCCAGAAGGAUUAACCAGAGCUUCAGUGUUCGAUUCUCUGCAAUUUUUGCUAAAGUGCGCCCCGGUCCCUUCCCAACUUGCCUAUGGCGGAUGGCGCCCAUCUGGAAUCGACUCUGACGAACCUUUUCAUUCUCACAGAUACUCGACUCUCCUUCCCGCAAAGUCUUUGAGCAAACUUUUAGAUUUGGUCGUCUCUGGCUUGUCCGUAGAGGCUGAUAUCAUCCACGGAGAUCUUGAAUCCGACGAACAGGAUGCCAUUCAACACCAUAAACAGCUGCUGGAAAUGUACGGAUUCCUCCUCCAGUGGGCCUUAUCAGCUGUUGAGGUCAAGGCAGCAGAGAAGUCCACAGAAACGGCACCCAUGCGGAGGGGAGGACCUAAAUCGAAGAAAUCCACCAAUAGUGGCCAGUGGGACUGGACACCGCAAAUCCAGAUUUCCAUGGAAACCAUGUGCAAGGUGAUGAAGCUCAAACUUGGACGCAUAUUCCUGACGACCUCGGACCGUGACACUUUUAUUAACCUGUUUACCCGAACCAUCUAUUUGGUCCUUGAGAGCGAGCAGCGGGUGAAGAGCAUGGCUAUCCGCAUGCAUGCUUUCAAGGUUUUGUGUAUUGCAGUCAAACACCAUGGGCAGGCCUUUGGAGCGCAAACAUCGAUUGUUCAAAGCUUAACUUACUUUGAGCAUCUCUCUGAGCCCAUGGCCGAGUUCCUUCAUAUUCUCGCGGAGCAAUAUGACUACCCACAGCUUUCCGAUGAAAUCUUGAAGGAGCUCGGAAACAAAGAAUUCAACUCUAAUGACACCAGAGGGCCCAAGUCUGUGUCAUCAUUUAUUAUUAAAUUGUCCGAGCUUGCUCCCAGGUUAAUUAUCAAGCAAAUGACUUUAUUGGCCAAACAGCUUGAUAGCGAGGCAUAUACACUUCGCUGCGCAGUGAUCGAAGUCUGCGGAAAUCUCAUUUCCGAUCUCAGUCGACAAGAAGAACGCAGUGACAACUACAAGACGCAAAUCAACGCCUUUUUCGACGUUCUAGAAGAGCGGUUCCUUGAUAUCAACCCUUAUUGCCGAUGCCGUGCCAUUCAAGUCUUCAUGCGGAUCUGCGAUCUGGAGCAGAAAUUCCCCAAAAGGCGACAGGCAGCGGCAGUACUGGCUGCUAGAAGCUUGGAAGACAAGAGCAGCAACGUACGACGUAAUGCAAUCAAACUGCUUUCCAAGCUCGUUUCCACACAUCCAUUCAGUGUGAUGCAUGGCGGGCUACUCUCAUACAAAGAAUGGACAGAGAGACUAGAUGCAGUUGAUGCAGAACUGAACGCUCUGCGUCCCCCUGAAACCCCUGGGUUUGAAGCAGGCGACAUGACCCAGGUGGAUCCCGAACUAUUGGAUGACGCUACACAGCUGCCGGAUGAGUCUCCCUCGAAAGCGCCUCGGAUGAGUGACGAGGAGAAGGCCGUUGCCGUCCAAAAAGCCGCCGAACAAGCUGCAACGUCUGAAUUGCUAACUCGACUUCAACUGACCAGGAAGUAUUACAACGAGGCAAUUCGGUUCAUAGAGGUACUUCACUCAGCUUCCACUGUCGUCACUCAGCUGCUUUCCUCCCGAAACAAGAGUGAGGUCAUCGAAGCCAUGGAUUUCUUUGUGAUGAUGGAUGCCUACAAGAUUGAGACUGCACGCGGUGGAAUUCGCCGCAUGCUGCGUCUGAUUUGGACUAAGGGUAACAGCGACGAAGGAAAGGGUGUCCAGUCACACUUGAUUGACUGCUAUAAGGGCCUCUUCUUCGACGCGCCAGGCUCCUUCACUCCCAACGAUGCUGCAAACUAUAUUGCCCGUAACAUGAUCAGCCUGACAUUUGGUGCAACCCCUGCCGAACUCACCUGUCUCGAGCAACUGUUGAGCACCAUGAUGAAAGCCGGUAAUGUUUCCGAGGCAGUCAUUGCUAAGCUAUGGCAAGUCUACAGUAUCCAGAAGAAGGAGAUCUCACGCACUCAGCGUAGGGGCUCAAUUAUUGUUCUCGGUAUGCUUGCUCUGGCGGAUCCAGAGAUUGUGGUCAAAGAGAUUGAGGCCAUGCUGCGCAUUGGCUUGGGUGCCUACGGCAGGUCUGAUCUUGUGCUCGCCAAAUACACAUGUAUUGCUUUGCGGCGCAUGAUCCCGGGCCGACAAGCUAAAUCAAAGGAAGUUGUCGGCAUUCCCAAGCUCGCCAGCGAUCACUCUGUUCUGGUCCGCCUAGCUGCUAUCCUUGAGAUUGAGACGGCCAGCAAGGAGUGGUAUGGGGUGGCAGAGCACGCGCUGAACGCCAUUUACGCUCUGUCCAAACACCCAGAUGUGCUAUGUUCCGAUAUCCUCCGACGGAAGACUGUAUUUGUUUUCCAGCCUCACCUCCAACAACGCCCACCUUCCUCUCAUGCUUCUCUUAGUGGCACUGGGGAAGAGGAGCAGGAGCGACCUUGCACUACCUCGGCUGAGGAGCAGGAAUCCAAGCCCAAGCCAGCAUCUGCUGCACUAUCUCAACUGCUCUAUGUCGUUGGCCACAUCGCCAUCAAGCAAAUAGUGCAUUUGGAACUCUGUGAGCUUGACUUCAAACGCCGUAAGGUUGAACAAGAAAAGAACAAGGCUGCUGCUGCACCUCAAAAAGAAGAUAACGCCGAAGACGACGAGCUUGAUCUGAUUGGCGGAACAACUGAAGAUGAUUUCCAAGACGCCAUGGCUCACAUCCGAGAACGGGAGCUGCUCUAUGGAGAGAACUCCCUCUUGGCUAAGUUUGGCCCUUUGGUAGUAGAGAUUCUGGCAAACAACAAUUCUUACCCGGAUCGCGAUCUGCAGGCCUCCGCAACAUUAUGUCUUGCCAAGCUGAUGUGUGUGUCUGCCGAAUAUUGUGAGAAAAAUCUGCCGCUCCUGAUCACCAUUAUGGAGCGAUCCGAAGACCCCAUCGUCCGCAGCAAUGCUGUCAUUGCUUUAGGCGAUAUGGCCGUUUGCUUUAACCAUCUCAUUGACGAAAACACCGACUUCCUCUACCGUCGUCUCAAUGACGACGAUGCUUCCGUGAAGCGCACAUGUCUCAUGACCCUCACCUUCCUCAUCUUGGCUGGUCAGGUCAAGGUUAAGGGACAGCUGGGCGAGAUGGCGAAAUGUCUGGAAGACGAGGACAAGAAGAUCGCUGAUCUGGCUCGCAUGUUCUUCACCGAACUGGCAACCAAGGACAAUGCCGUGUACAACCACUUUGUUGACAUGUUCAGUCUGUUGAGUGCAGAGCGUAACCUGGAUGAGCAGUCCCUCCGCCGCAUUGUCAAAUUCUUGAUUGGCUUUAUUGAGAAGGAAAAACAUGCUCGCCAGCUGGCCGAAAAGCUCGCCGCUCGACUCCCUCGUUGUGAGACAGAACGACAGUGGAACGAUGUUACAUAUGCCCUGUCUCUUCUACCGCACAAGAACGAAGAAAUUACUAAGACUAUCAGUACAGGGUUCAAGGUCGUCAGUGCUUCAGCUUGA